AUGACCUCGUUCUCCUCUUUUACUCUGUCUCUCUUCAUCCUACUGGCAGGCUACCUCAGCGCCAUCUGCGCAAUGCCUCCAAAUCCUCCUACCACACCCCAACGAGACCCUUACGGAUCCGACCGCAUUCGUCUCCUCACAGGCACCUUUGCCAUCACCACAGGCCGCGCCGUCCUCAUCAGCAGUGUGUACCAUGCGCUCGUCACCCUCUUCUACCCACCAAAUACCAAUAACGGCAUUCUUUCCGCCAUCUGUCCUCACCCAGAGAACCUCGACCCACAAAUCUUCACCUCGAGUCCCACCGUAGUUCUCUCCCUCCUAGCCAUCGCAUCAGGCUCCGCCAUCCGACUCUCAGCGUUUGGAGGCCUAGGUCGAAAUUUCACAUUUUAUCUCUCAGCGCCGGAUCGAUUGAUCACUGACGGUGUCUAUGCGUACGUCCAGCAUCCGAGUUAUACGGGGCUAGUGCUGGUGGUUCUGGGAUGUGUCGGCCUGUUUUCAAUCAUGGGUAUCUUCGGUCGCUUCCUUAGGUUGACCACCAUUGGAGGCGCCGCCACGGUCGGCGGGUUCUUCUGGUACACGCGCAACGACGUCUUCGAGCCGCUGCCUCUGACCGAUCGCAUCUUCCAUUCCGCCCGGUUCAACGUCCUCAAUCCCCUGCGCAACCCGACCACCCACGAUCUAUGCAUCCGCAGAGUGCCCUUAUCGGACAUUGACCCCACCCUCCUGGAGAAGAAGGGAAAACUGGUCGAGGCAUUCUGCGCCGGAGUCUGGAGUGGCUGGGGUACACACCGUGCUGCAAGCAUUCACUCCUGCAGGGCUAACAACAACCGUCUAGGAUACGCGUUUCAACGCGCCUACCUCGCUCGCAAGUAUCAGGGCCCCGAAACCGCCCACCAGCUCUGGUCGCGAUCCGAGCUGCGCUCCUCCUCCUAUGAACCCGGGACCCUGAUCACCGACCACUUCGAGGUCGUCGAGAAAACCCCCGAUCGCAUUGUCGUGCGGUGCGGUGCGUCCCCCCGUGUGCAGGAGGUCCGUCCCUCCGAUGGUCUGUUUGAGAUGUCUGUGAAGGUGAAGCCGGAGGAGGGGGUUGCCGAGUUUGGUCUCAAGAGCUGUUUCUUCCAGGGGCUAGGGAAGGCCGAGACGCAGCCUAUGCCGCCGCAUAUGGUUUGGCUGCAUCAGCAGUAUACCAAGUUAUGGAUGGAAACCGCUAUUCGGAAUGUUGUGCGGUGA